AUGUUCAUUUCAUGCCGAUCUUCGUCCUCGUCAAAGAUAUGGAUAACACGUCAAAUGCGUGAUAAAUAUAAAAAGAAAGCUGUGGCGCAUAAUUACCGAUCCCGAAGUGUUUACAAGCUGAUUGAACUCGAUCAAAAAUACAAAUUGUUAAAACCCGGGAAUGUAGUUAUCGAUUGUGGCGCAGCACCUGGUGGUUGGAGUCAAUACAUUGCACAAAAAGUGUUCCUUGAUAACAUAGAAGAAAAAAAUUCAUCUGUCGCAGAUGAUGACGAUGAUGAACUUAUGAUCACUAAUGGAAAGGAAAAACAAGCGGAGCAAGAAAAAGCAAGAAGUGGUCUUGUAAUUGCAAUCGAUCUGUUACCUAUUUUGCCUAUCCAUGGAGUAAAUGUUAUCCAAGGAGAUUUCACGCACGCACCCAUUCAAAAGAAAUUACGGGAUUUAUUAAAGGAUAGGAAAGCAGAUAUGGUGGUUAGUGAUAUGGCGCCUAAUUUUUCGGGACAACAUUUAACGGAUCAUGUCAAAUCUAUGGAUUUAUGCGAGGCUGCAUUAUCACUAUCUGACCAAAUCUUGAAAUCUGAAGGCAGUUUUUUGUGCAAGUUUUUGAUGGGUGGCACGGAAGAAGAAUUCAAGAAACAACUACAAGAGAGAUUCAAACAAGUUCGAUACGAGAAACCGGAUGCAUCGCGCGCGAAGUCAACGGAGGGAUAUUAUAUGUGUUUGGGGUACAAGAGCAAUAAAAACGAUUGA